AUGCAUCUCCAACCCCCCACCCUCUCCUCCCUCCUCUACCCCUUAUUCCUCACCACCCUCCUCCCCCCAACAACAGCCUACACCCCCCUCUCCCCCUCCCUCCUCCAAUCCCUCCCCACCCCCUCCGACACCGACUACAACAUCACCUCCGGCACGCUCCUCUCCCCCCUCCUCAUCCCCCGGGUCCCGGGCACACCGGGCCAAACCGCCGCCCAGUCCCAACUCGCCUCUUUCUUCCGCACCCACCUACCCACAUGGGACCUCUCCUGGCAGAACUCCACAUCCACCACGCCCGCGACAGGAGACAGGCAGAUACCCUUUGCGAAUCUGGUGCUAAGGCGCGAACCGCCGUGGACGAAGGCGAGGGGCGUGGGCGCGGCGUCGUAUCUGACGCUGGUCGCGCAUUAUGAUAGUAAGAUUGAGCCUGAGGGGUUUGUGGGUGCUACGGAUAGUGCGGCGCCGUGUGCGGUUUUGAUGGAUGUGGCUAGGGCGGUGGAGGGGUAUUUGGCGAGGAUGUGGGCGGAGGGUGAUGGGAAGGGGAAAGGGAAAGGGAAGGGGGAAGGGGCUGGGGUUGAUGGGGAGAGUGUGGAGGGAGUGCAGAUUUUGUUGUUGGAUGGGGAGGAGGCGUUUGUUGCUUGGACGGAUGAGGAUAGUUUGUAUGGGUCGAGGGCUCUCGCGGCAGAAUGGGAAUCCACGGUACACCCAGCUCGCUCAACCUUCCGGAACCCCAUGCAACAAAUCAGCCUCUUCGUCCUGCUCGACCUCCUCGGUUCCGCUAACCCCGUCAUUCCCUCCUACUUCCAAAACACCCACUGGGCCUACCAGCGGAUGGCCGCCAUCGAGGGCCGACUCCGGCAGUUCGAGCUUCUCGAGAGCAAGCCGGGGCCUAGCGCCCCCUUCUUGCCCGAGAGCGGCAAGAUGGCGACGCAGUUCAAUGGGCGCGGGUUUGUUGGCGACGACCACGUGCCGUUUAUGCUGCGCGGCGCCCCCGUGCUGCAUCUGAUUCCCACGCCGUUUCCUAAAGUGUGGCAUACUAUGGACGAUGAUGGGGAGCAUUUGGAUAUUGCGACGGUCAAGGACUGGGCGAGGAUUGUGACGGCGUUUACGCUGGAGUGGAUGGAUGUGCAGAAACAUGAGCCUGGGGGGGAAAUGGACGGCAAAAGGCACGCUGCGUCAUUCCAGCAGCUUGAAAAGCUGGGCGAGGGAACAUAUGCUACUGUUUUCAAAGGGAGGAAUCGCCAAACGGGUGAGCUGGUCGCGCUCAAGGAGAUCCAUCUUGACUCGGAGGAAGGGACGCCUAGUACCGCCAUCCGUGAGAUUUCUCUUAUGAAGGAACUCAAGCACGAGAACAUCGUAGCUCUCCACGAUGUUAUUCACACCGAGAACAAGCUGAUGCUCGUGUUCGAGUAUAUGGACGGCGAUCUCAAGAAGUACAUGGACACCCAGGGUGACAGGGGUGCCCUCAAGCCCCCCGUCAUAAAGUCCUUCAUGUAUCAACUGCUGAAGGGCAUCGACUUUUGCCACAAGAACCGAGUCCUCCACCGCGAUCUGAAACCCCAGAACCUGCUUAUCAACGGCAAAGGGCAGCUCAAGUUGGGCGACUUUGGUCUUGCGCGGGCGUUUGGCAUACCGGUCAACACCUUCUCGAACGAGGUCGUCACCCUUUGGUACCGGGCUCCCGACGUGCUCCUCGGCAGCCGCACCUACAAUACCAGCAUCGAUAUCUGGUCCGCUGGCUGCAUCAUGGCCGAGAUGUUCUCCGGUCGCCCCUUGUUCCCAGGCACCACCAACGAGGACCAAAUCAUCCGCAUCUUCCGCAUCAUGGGAACCCCGAGUGAGCGCACAUGGCCCGGCUUGUCGCAGUUUCCCGAGUACAAGACCACCUGGCAGAUGUACGCAACCCAGCCGCUCAGCAGCAUUCUGCCCCAGAUCGACCCGGUGGGGAUCGACCUCCUCCAGCGCAUGCUACAACUCCGCCCUGAGCUGCGCAUUUCCGCCGCCGAAGCCCUGACUCACCAGUGGUUCAACGACCUCCUGGUCGGGCAACGUUCGCAGCAACCCCAGGCGCAACCGCAACCGCAGCAGCAGCAACAUCUCCAGGCGCAGCAAAUGAUGCACCCGCAUGGUGGUUACCAGCAGACCGUCCCAAGCCAAGGGAAUUAUGGCGGCUACUAG